UAUCAUCGGUUGCCGGGUAACACGUUCGGACGGGUCGGGGGCAGUGCAGUGUCAAACCUCUUUCAUUUUAUUGUGUUUGUAAGGACAGCAAUUCAUGUGACAAGAGUCGAUUCCCUCCGUUACCUGUUGAAGUCUUGACGGUCACCAUGGGUCUGAGGAAAAUCGUGCAGAAUGGGAAGACGUCGUACAUGUAUUCGAGUUCUUCUCAAGAGGAACUUUUCCUGGUGCUCCUGCAGGCGGGGUCGGCCCACUCCAUGAAGAUCACCGCAGAGAGUGAUACUGUCCAAAGAUGGUGCCGCAACCUUGAGAAAACUCCACAAGAAUACUUAUCCCUUGCAUGCCAGGCAGUCGAGAACUUGUCAUCAGUUCGCGAUUCUGAUGGAAAGGACCUCAAGGAAGAUAUCUUUGAGAUUCAGGAUGAUCACUUGGUGUGGAAGCAGUACUUUCCUGAGAAGAAAGUUUAUGGAAGGCGAGGAAAGUUUACCUUGGAAAAGAUGGAGUAUGAUGAUGCCUUAGAAAAUAUCAUGAAUGGUGUCAUGGGAGACUUGACUGCUAAUGUUAAAACCAUUGACAAAUUGACAUCAGACUUGCAAGCAAAAGAAGAAGAGGUUAAAAAAGCUGUAGACUUAGUAGCAAAAAGUGUGAAGAUGAAGGAAGACUUUGAAAAGGCAGUUUACGGAAAGUGUGCCAACAUUAUCAAUAUGAAGAAACUGAGGAUGCGUCAGCUUACUAGUCAGUCAUCAGCAGCAGCAAAGGCAAAUGACACAGCACUGGUCACUAAAGAUAGAGCAAAUGAUUCUCCUUCCAAGGCGAGUAAAGCAAAUAGCAGUGAUAGCGAAUGCUACAACUCAGACACUGAUGUAGAUGACCCAGAUGGCAUGGACACUGAUGAAGAAAACCUUAGAAGCAUUUCCCCAAAGAAGCACGGAAGAAACGGCAAUACAUUGACUGAAAAGACAUCAACAGCAUCAAAACGAGCCUUUGAUUUGCAGGAUGAUCUUUUCAACAAUAGCAUUGAGGCAGAAUUGUAUCCAACCUCAGCGAGUGACAAAAAGAGAAAGACUAAAUAUGAAAAUGUCAGUAGCCCAAGAACUAGUGCAUCCCAGACCAAUAACACUUUUGAAAAGGAAGCAGCCAAAAAUCAGACGCAGGAUGAGAAAAAAUCAAGUUCUUGUACAUCAUUUCAAACAGAUUCACAAAAUUCCAUUCUUGAUGAACUCUUUUAAUUUUUUUUAUUUUUUUAUUAUUAUUAUUUUUUAAAAUGGUUUAAUGAGGCAUGGAAUAAACACAUGAUACAAUAGUGAGAUGAUUUUACCAUUUAUAUUUACUGGAUUUUAAGCAUCCCUUGUAUUUUGGGUGUAAUUUUAUAUUUUAACAUUUCUAAUAGCCUGUAAUAUUCCGUGAAUGUUGAAUAUCUAUUAAAUAUACUUUUAAUUGUGUACCAUAUAGUUUACCUUGGUACAGUGUACAAAUAGAUUCUGUAAAGGAGUCAUUUUUAUAUAUAUUUUGUACAUAAUAAAGUAUUCUCACAAAACUGUGUUUAUCAUUAAUAGAAAAUAGAAAACUUUACCAAUAAACCAAAAAUCCAGUUUCAAAAUACAUACAUGUAACACAGCUUAUUAACAGAAAAAAGUCCUAAUAGCUCCAUUUUUAAUGCAGGGUCAUGCAUCCCCUUCAUCUUUGUAUAGUUCUAAUCUGCAAAAAUCAUAUAAAAUUGUUUUUGGGCUAUUACUAACCUCCAUGUUUUAGACAUCAUGUAAUGGUUAAUGGUUAAAAAGCAAAAUUAAUGUGAUAGACAUUAAAGGUCACAGAGCACUAUAUUGGAAGGCAUAGAAUUGGAAUAAGUGAAGAGGGGGAUGACUAGGUGUUACAUGUCAACAGUCAUACAGUAGCAGGAUGAUAUUGGAAAGGGUAAAGGUGAAGAGGAUGAAUAAAUGGAUUAUGGUAGGAAUAAGCAAAGUGGGAAUUAUAUCAAGUGUGGAUAUAUAUGUGUCUGAGGAAGAGGAAGGAGAACAAAAAAGUGUGGGACUCUACUGGGAGGUCAGGGAAGAGAGGAUAGGAGAAGGAAAACAGAUGUAAAGGCUGUAGUAAAGUAUGGACAGGACAGCAAAAUGUGUGAAACUGAAAGAGGAACAUUACAUAGGAUAAAUAAGGAUGGAUCAGAACAUGACAUGAGAUAGGAAUGCGAAAGGCAGGUGUGGCCAUUGUGCAAGCUGGCAAAAGCCAGCUGCCAGUGGGGUUGGUGUGAUGUGGACAUAAUGCAGAACAUGUAAGAGUAUCUGCCUGUUCAUUAUUUUUCCAUGAUUCUUCAGUAAAAUGAGAAUGAAAAAGUAUAUGAGAUCAAAUGUAAUAAAAAAUAUAUUUCCCCGUGGAAAGUAUAUUCAUCAAUACUAGAUAUACUGUUAGGUAUUUUUCAUCUAUGGAGUUACUUCUCUGACAAGUAAUUUCAGUAACAGCUCAGAGCAGUCUAUGCAGAAAAAGGAAAAGUACAUUGUUAAUUUUAAAGAUAGUUAAACUAGCUUAUAUUAAUUUUCUUUCUUCGUCAAAGCAAAAAUGAUAGAAAUUCAAUUAAAUGUAAGAGAAAUAUUAUUAGUAGGACUAUACAUAUUUAUUUCUCUAAUAUGCUGCACCAAUGAUCCAGUAAUGUUCGCAGGUAUUUCAAUUUUCACAUAAGUGUAAUUCCAAAUAAAGUUAUAGAAACUGAGACAAAACAAAUCUUUGUACAAAGCUUUAUUUUGCAUUAAACUAAAAACAGAAACAAAAGGCCUAAGUACCUAGGAUUAGAGAAAAUAGACUAAGAUAUAUGAUAUCAAUAUAAUUAUGAUAUGAAAAACUUCAUUAUACAUUCAAAUGUAAUUAGAUGAUGUAUUGAAAUUCCCUCAAAUAAUGUGAUUUUGUUCAAUCUUAUAAUUGUAAAUUCAAUGUAAUAUAUAUGUUGUAAUUGUGGAAGCUCAAGCUCCUUGGUUCUUGAUCAACUAAAAUUUUGUAUAUUAUCAAGUUUUUUAUUAUUAAAUAUUAUCAAAAUUUUGUAUAUUAUAUACAAUGCACGUUCAAAACAAUCUCGUAAAUGCUGUCUAGGCUUUGACAGCAUUUUUUGUCGAUCUUGCAAUUUAGCAAGUGCAUUAAUUGCUCUCAUCUUUUUUUAUGAUUCAUAUUAAGUUUUUUAACACUAGUUGUGUUCGCAUGGUUUUAACAAUUAAGCUGAACAUACACACAAACUUUCUUCCCUUUACUUAAAAUAAACCUUUUGAUUUUAAAGUAUUAUCAUCUGAAUAAUGAGGACUCUGGACUUAUUAUUUGUAUACAAGAUCUUCCUGUAAUACUUAUUCCUCACAGGUCUGUUAUUACUUGUCAUACCUAAGCUUUUAGGUUCGACUUUAUUGUAUAUAUGAUCUGUAAUGCCAAUAUGAAGUCACUUUGUCAAUGUUAUAGUAUGAAUGUAGAUGUUUCUAAAGUACAAUAUGUUUGAAUCACACAGUCAGCAUUGUAGUCUGGUAAUAUAUGAUGUUGACUUUUUUUGUAUAUAUUUGUGUAUAUUCUUCCAUACAAAAAUGCAUGUCUCACAUUGGAAUAUCUGUGUAUUGUGAGCUGGUAAUCCAACAGCUUACUCAGAAACAGACUUUCAUACCAGUAAUAUAUUUAGUGAAUUGAUCUCACCUUCCUUGUUCUUAAAAUUAUAAACCUAUUUUGGAUAUAGUAUCUCUUUGUAUAUCAUUACAACAUCAACCGUCCACUCUUGCUGAAUAUGUCAUACACAAAGGGAAAAUAAAAAAAGAAGGUUCAACAA